AACCGUUUUCGGAAAACAUAAUUUAUUAUUCAGUCUUUUUCGAAAAACGAAAAGGAAAAUAAUGCGCACUUUGCACAAUUUACUGGUUAUUACUUAUAUUACUUUAUGUUGUAACUUUAUGCAAGUUGCAAGGGUUAUCUCUUUAUAAGGAAUUAUAUAUUUAAAUAGAUAAAGUCGUGCAUUAUGUAAAGGAAAUAAGUAAAGAAGGAUUCUAUUUACAUAGACAUGGCAUCAAUGAGUGGUGGAGAAAGUCAUGCGGAGAUUGAGUUCUCGUCCAUGAAACAACCUCCAUUAAUCAAACAACUUAAAGGAAUUCUCUCCGAGUAUCCGGACGGUGGACAGAUUUUGAAGGAGUUGAUUCAAAAUGCUGAAGAUGCUGAAGCAAGUGAAGUAAAGAUUUUGUUCAAUAACAGACGAAUAAACGAUUCCAUCGAUGCUGAAACGCCAGUAUACAACAAAUUCUUUAAAGGUCCAUCACUCUGUAUCUACAAUGACGCAGUAUUUAAGGAUAAAGAUUGGGAUGGUAUACGUAUGAUCUACAGCAGUGUUAAAGAGGAUGAUCCUCUAACAGUUGGAAGAUUUGGCCUUGGCUUCAAGUCUGUUUUUCAUAUCACUGAUUACCCGUGUGUUAUCAGUGGAAGUAAAAUGCUCCUGAUAGAUCCACAGCAGCCUGCCGAUAAGGUAAAUGCUAUGAUAAAUAUUGCAGACAUAGAUAAACUAGGUGACAAAGGGUUACAUGCUGGAUCAUUUUGGACUGCUUUCAAUGGCAUGUUUGGUUUCAAUAGAGAUUGUGCACAAAAUGCUUAUUUCAAUGGUACAAUAUUUUGGUUUCCUCUCAGAGAGAAAAAGUCCGAAAUUUCUGAAACAUUAUAUUAUGAAGCAAAAGUACUAGACUUACUUGACGUAUUUGAAAAAGAAGCAUCAAGUAUACUACUAUUUUUGAAGAAUUUAGAAUGUAUUUCUGUCUCUACAAUUGGGUUAGAUGAAGUGUUUAAGGAAUUGGCAAAAGCUGAAAUUGACGACAACACUGGUAAAUUAAAGCAAAGUAGAUCUAAGUUCAAGGAAAAAAUAAAACUAUUGGCAUGCGAUUAUAAAGGUGAAGACGUUACUGUCGACCUUCAAAUGACAAUUAAGACAACUGUAGAUGGGAUUUGUGAGAGUGCCAGAUGGCAAAUAGUCAAUUACUUUAUAGGUAAUAGCGCUUCCACUGAUUUUAAGAAGCUAAUACAGGAUCAAGAUCUGGGUUACAGUCCAUAUGUAGGCGUAGCUUCACCUUUAAGUAAACCCGAUGAUGAGUUUGAAGGGCAUGUAUUUUGUUUCUUGCCGUUACCACAUGAAGGCUCAAAACUGACAGGACUACCGGUGCAUGUCAAUGGCUUUUUUGCAUUAAGCCAAAAUAGACAUCAUUUGAAAUGGGAAACGGAUGAACAAAGAGGUAAAAGGAUAGAUGACAAAAAUAUCUUAUGGAACAAAUGUCUCAUCAAAGAAGCACUUCCGAAAGCAUACAGUAGAUUAGUGCAGUCAAUCAUAGAAACGGCAACUUGUUCUGGAAACAGGGACGAUCUUGUUGCUGCCGUUUACAGAUGUUUACCACUGUCACACAAAGUUCAGAACAGAUGGAAAAUUCUUGAAUCUGAACUUUACAAAAAGAUAAAGAAAUUACGAAUCCUCUAUUCAAAACACAAGAAAACAUGGGUCACCAUUGCUGAUGCUUCAUUUGCAUCAUUUGAUCAACUGCCUGAGAAUUAUAAACAUGUACAUAAAGCAGUGAUUCGUUGCCUCUAUCUGACUGGCAAAAUGCACAUAGAUAUGCCUUUGGACGUAUUCCUCAAUUUACAAAAGCACUUUGCGAGUAUAAAAGAUCUGACACCGGAAUCAUUAGCAAAGCUUUUACAUCACAAUGCUGGAUAUAAAAACCUGUCGGAAUCGGAUAAAUUGGACGUUCUUUUAUAUCUUUGCUCCGAUGGAAGAUAUUAUCAAAAGAUCGAAGGCCUUGAACUAUUACCACUAGCGAAUGGUGGAUGGAAGACGUUCAAAUCACAGUCAGAUGUUAUCUAUAUUGGAACAGAUGAAGAAGUUGAUAUUCUAGUGGGCCAGGAAAAAGUAUUUGUUAAGAAAUAUACAUCACCUGGGUCUAUGCUGUCUCACUAUAUUGAAGAAAUCUGUACAAAUGGUAUUUUUCAAAUUAAGAAACUCACGGCUGUAGAAUUUGGACAUUUUUUGGAAUCAACAGUAACGGACAACUUAGGAACAAGCCCUUGUAUAACAGACCGUUCUAAAUUGCAAAUCAAAUGGCUGGAAAAGACAUGGAAGUAUUGCAUUGACAAGAACUAUUUAGCAUAUUUGAAACAUGUCCAUAUCGUUCCUUUGUUGACAAAAGGUUCAUGGAUAGCACCUGAAUCCGUCGAUCUCUUACCGUUUUCAGAAAUGGUCUUAAUUAAGUCUUUUGAAAACGAAAAACUUCCAGAGGGACUAUGCAACUGUUUUGAAAAUAUGGGAGUGAGAGUAUUAGAAAGUUUACCUGACUGGAUUCCAAGAGAUAAAACGAAACCGUAUUUUUAUUGGCCUUCCCAGAAAAGCAUUUUGUCUUUAUUAACAAAGAUUGGAAGUAGAGAAUGCAUAAAUCAACACAUUGAAUUGUUUAAUUCAAGAUGCCAAUGGGAAGACAAGUCGGUGUUUACUACCUGUUUUGCGAAACUUCAUCAUGCCUUAACUGAAGAAGGAGUACAGUUUCUCAAGAAAGCUGAAAUAUUUAAAGCAGUUAAUUCAAUCUCAGACAUAGGCACUGAUAUUGCUGUUGAUGAAAUUAACUGCUAUAUAAACGAAAAAUUGCACUUUCCAGAUGAUGUCUGUUUUACUAAACGGUGCAUAAAAUCGAGUCAUUCAUAUGAACGCUUGCUGGAAACUUUGGGAGCAUCAAAAUUAGAACUUGAAGAUCUUGUUGUUGCAAAACUGACAUUUUUUCAGAAACCGUCAAGUACAAUUGAAAUUCCAAAGUUCAUGGAUUAUUUUAUCAGCAACUUUCAUUUAUUUCAGACAAAUGAUGAUGUUAUAGAGUUGGCUUCCAAAAUUCAAUUCCUUAGGGCUGGGACACAAAGAUUUAAAGCGUCCGACUUAUAUGAUCCGUCAGACCAAAAUUUGCAAGAUUUACUUUUUGAGGAAGCUCUUUUACCUGAGACGAAGAAGAAAUUGAGCGACGAAAAAGUUCGAAUUCUAAGGUUUUUAGGUCUGAAAGGCUAUAAGGAUAUAACGGCAGAUGUUAUUUUGAAGGUAGCUAAAACACUCGAUACCUGGUCAAGAGAAAAGACUUGUGGCGAACAAAGCUUCAGAAAAGCCUCAGUUUUGAUGAAUAUUUUGCAGACCCAACACACUUUACUUGAAGCAAAGUGCCUAAAUGGUUUUACUCUUGCAAAUAGUUUGGAAAACCUCUCAUGCAUUCCUGUGCAAGUUAAGAGAGUGCCAGCAUAUCCAGAGUGUGUUAAGUGGAACCCUGAACACAAAAUUCUCUGCACUCCAUUGGAGGCAAAUGAAUCACGUAAUAGCCAUCUUAUUGGCGGAAUAAAACCAGUUGUUGUUUGUACCUCGUCUAAAAUGAAUAGCUUGUUUAAAUGGCAAUCUGCUCCGUCCAUUCAAGAUGUUUUAUCACAACUGAAAAUUGUUUGUGAGUCUUACUCUGUUCAUAGUCGACUUGAGAUUUUGCCACUAAUAAAAUCAAUUUAUCAACAUUUGUCCUCGCGCAAUCGAGAAGUGUGGCAAAACAAGAUUUCUUUUACAAACGAAAAAAUUGUCUGGACUGGGUAUGACUUUGCCACUGCCAGUAAAGUCAUUGUUGCUCAUGAAUCGAACGAUCUUGAUUUAUAUCCCUAUUUCUGCUUUGUGCCGACAGAAUUUCAAACAAUGCAACAGUUAUACACAUCAUUUGGUUGUCGUCUCAGACAGGACAUUGAUGUGCUCUUGGAUACUCUGGGUCAAAUUAAAGAAGUUCACAUUGUAAUACAGGAUGAAGAGACAGUCCGACGCGACAGAAGCAUUGUUUGCAAAAUAUUAGGCAAGAUAGGUUCAAAUUUCGAACAGUAUUUAGGUUCCUGUAAAGAAUCAGAUAUACUGAUGAUGGUAUAUGACAGUGAUCCAAGCCGCUUACAUCUUCUCCCGCUUCCUGAAUGUACAUAUGAUGACGAUCCAAGUUUUUACUUUGAAAAUGAUGAGAAUGUUAAUCUAGUUCAUGAACUGAUUUCACCAAAUACCGUUGAAUCUCUUGGAGUUAAAUCUAUUUCAAGAAAAGCAUUAAUGGACGCUGAAGAAUUAGGAAUUGAGGAAUGGGGCCAACAAGAGCCGCUGACAACGCGAUUACACGCCUUGCUUCGUGACGGAUAUACCGACGGCCUCUCUGUUCCGAAAGAGCUGAUUCAAAAUGCUGAUGAUGCCGGGGCCUCAGUUGUGAAAUUUCUUUACGACGAAAGACAAAACGCCGAUAUGAAACAAAGAGUUUUUAGUAAAGGAAUGAGGCAUUUUCAAGGACCAGCUCUUUGGAUCUAUAACAAUGCGCAGUUUACAUCUGAUGACAUGAAAAACAUAACAAAACUCAAUGCAGCAACAAAGCAGACAGACGUAAAAAAGAUAGGAAAAUUUGGUCUAGGUUUUUGCUCUGUUUAUAACUUGACUGAUUUACCUAGCUUUUUGUCUGGAUCAGAAUUAGUCUUUUUUGAUCCUCACGAGAAACAUCUUGGUAACAUGCUCCAGAGAAAAGGUACCGGUCUAAAGUAUCGCCUUCCAAAUAAGACCCUUGUGGCAAGGCACAUCGACCAGUUUAAGCCCUAUUCUGGUAUUUUCGGAUGCAACCUUGAACAAAAUGAUUUCAAAGAAUAUAAAGGAUCGCUGUUUAGACUCCCUCUUCGAACAGAGCAACAGGCCAAAGAAAGUCACAUAUCAUCAUUGUCAUACACACACGAUGAAAUGAUUAAACUUCUACAUAUGCUAUUAAAAACAGCGGGAAACCUUCUCCUCUUUACUCAAAACGUCCAUGAAAUAGAAUUACAUCAUCUUCCUGGUAACGCUAAAUCUGCACUUGAUCAAAAACUAAUUUACAGUAUAAAGAGAACGAGUUUUAAAUGGGAUGUUGGACUCUCUACACAUACAAAUGUCAAUGUCUUAGCAAGGAUGCCAGAACUCUUAAAAAGUAAACAGGAAUUCAAUGAAAUACACAAGUUAUCUAUUAAGCAAAAUACAACAAAUCAUGCACAAAAUUUAUUUAAUGAAAUCGACAUAAGUUGCAACAAUAUAGAAUCAAAAUGGAUGACGUCAUGGGCAACUGGCAUGGACAAGUCUUCACAAAUGUAUGAACAGUUGUCUACUGAAGGCGCUGUACCAUUGUCAGCAGUUGCUGUACCAUGUUCCGAAUCAAAUGUUUUUACUUCACAGGGAUUAAAUGCCCUUCCAUGUGGAUUUUACAAUGAAGGACAUAUAUUUUGUUUUUUACCACUGCCGUUGAAAACAAAACUACAGAUACAUAUAAAUGGAUGCUUUUCGGUAACCUCAGAUCGUCGACAACUUGCUUCGAUUACUGAAGACGAUAAAAGCAGUUCAAGAAGCGCCUGGAAUGUUGCUUUGAUGGAAGAUGCACUAGUCAUAGCGUUUUUACGCCUUCUUCAAUCAUUUGCUAAAGAGGAAUUGAACAUGAACGCGGAUUAUAAGUACUAUGAUUUGUGGCCAGAUAAAUGUGCUACAAUUGUUCAGCCAUUCAAAGAAGGAUUUUACAGGGCGAUCAUUAAAAAGAAUGUACGAGUAUUUAAAAGCAAUCAGAGGUGGAUUUCGUUUGAAGACACAGUGUUUCUGGAUCCAAAUUUACAUGAAAGUGAUAUUGGAGCAUUGGCUUUCGAAGUUUUGUCUCAUUUUCCUCCCAGGCGAAAUAAAUCUCUCAUUGCAAUGCCGAGGCAUAUUCUUGAAAAUAUUAAACAAAGCAAUAAAAAACAUGAACAUUAUAUUCAGUCAAAUCAGGUGUUUGAUGAAGAAUUCUUUCUUUCUUUUCUUGAAACGCUUACAUCUGAUUUCUGGGUCAAUCGCAUAAGCGAAAGAAACAAAGUUAUAUAUGUUGCAUUAAAAUGUCGAAGUACCAAUGUAAAAAAGAAAAUGCGAACUAUUAAAUGCAUUCCUUCAGAGCCAAAUAGCACUCUAGCUAGACCAUGUGAUCUUAUUCAUCCAACGUCAUUUUCAGCACUUCUUUUUAGCGACAAUGAGGAAAUAUUUCCAGUGAAAAUUAAAGAAUUUCGUAAGGAAAAUAGUCUUGCAAAGCUUGUAGAUUUAGGAAUGAAUUCGGCUUUCCUUUCCGAUUCUUUGCUCAUCGGCAGAUGUCAUACUGUUUUGACUUUGGCAAAGAAAUGCUGCAACUGUGCAAGAGAUCGUUUUGAAAACUUGAUGCGAUAUUUUGCACAGGAAGAGGUUUUAAAGGAGUUUGAGAAAAAUGAAAGAUGUAUUGACGCAAUAAGUGACCUGUUCAUGUUUCCUGUAAUGGCGAAACCAACUGGAUGGUCAUUUUCAUGGAAAGCAGAUUCAGAACCAGCUGAUGUUAUGGUUGUUAGUCCAACCGUAAGCUGCAAAAAGCAUGCGGGUAGCAGUAAAAGUGUGCUUUUUGGAAAGUCAAAAUAUUUAUUUAGACAAAGUUCUGCUGACUUAGCCGGUAUAGUAUGUGCUAUAUUAGAUGAAGGUUAUAUAUUUUCAUUAAAGGAAACCCGAAAAAACAAUGAAAAGCUUCUACAAUUGUUUGGUAUCAAAUGCCCCAAAACAAUGCCAUUAAGUAUUCUUUCAAAUCAGAUGCAUGCUAUUUCAGAAGAAUAUGUAUAUGCGGAAGAACAAUUUGAAGAUGUCGCAAGAAUACAUGACAAAAUAUUUAGACAUUUUGAGAUGAAAAUCAAAGAACCUGAAACAGAGAAUGUAUCAAAACAAGCAGUAGAUGUGAUAAAAAAUUGUAGAUUUGUUUUGAUAGGAAAAAAUCUUCUUAAAGCCAAUAAUGUUGCUUUUAAUAUCAAAGAUGAGGUAAAACCCCAUUUGUAUCGCCUUCCCGAAAUAGACAAAAUUAAUAAAAGUUUCGUGUACAGUUAUCUUGGUGUUCAGCAGUAUUUUAGCAUUGAUCGUAUUGUUAAUGUAAUGACAUCAAUGAGUCAGGUUGGUGAGCAGGUAGUAAAUGUAGAAACAUUUAAUAGCUUACUUAUCAAUUUAGACGAAUCUAUGCAACAUUUUGAAAUGUGUUAUGAUGAUUUAACGAAAUUCCACAACAAAAUCCUUGCACCAGAUACAAAUUGUACUCUCUGGCCAACUAACCAGCUUGUUAUUGAGAAUGAAAACUAUACAUCGACUUCAUCCAUGAAAAUCCUUCAUCCGUCGGUACUUCCAGCUGUUGCUAAAAAACUUGGAGCUAAAGUGAAGCAACUUCGUUGCUAUCAAGAUAUAAAAAUUGGAAUAUCAUUCGGUCAAAGAGAAGAACUUGUUACAAGAAUAAAGGGCCUACUUAAAGCAUAUCCAUGUGACUCGAGUAUUAUGAAAGAGCUACUACAAAACGCAGAUGAUGCUGGUGCAACAGAAAUUCAUUUUAUUAAAGAUUAUAGACAACAUUCAACAGAAAAGCUUUUUCAAAGCUCCUGUGAGAUUUUACAAGGGCCAUCAUUAUGUGUUUAUAAUAACAGUUACUUCACAAAAAACGACAUUGAAGGAAUUCAUAAUCUUGGACAAGGAAGCAAAAAUGACGAUCCUACAAAAACGGGACAGUAUGGAGUAGGUUUCAACGCAGUUUACCAUUUAACAGAUACACCGUCGUUUAUAACAAAGGGACCGUUUGACGAAGACCAGGGGUUGAUGAUUGUUUUCGAUCCACUAUGCAGGCAUGUUCCUCAAGCGACUUCAUUAGAACCUGGAAUGAUGUGUAAAUUAUCUGACCUUGAACCAAAUUUCUCUGACCAUUUGCUUGGAUAUCUAGUCAGUGAAUUAAUCAAUGAUGGCAAUGGUACUGUUUUUCGUCUGCCACUUCGAUCAUUGUCAUCCGAAAUAAGUGACGAAAUCAUAUCUGUUUCUAAAAUGGAUGACAUUCUUAAAUCAUUUGAAUUAGAAAUGUUUGAAUCUGUUUUAUUCUUGAAAAAUAUCAAUCGAAUAAAAAUAUCAAAUAUUUCAACUAAUGAAAUGAUAGAAGAAUAUUCAGUGGAAGUUCAACUGUCAGAAAAAUCGGAAAAAGACCGAUGGACUUUUCAAAGAGAGGUUUCUAAUAUAGAUAAAUCAAAUAGAAGCAACAUGGAACACAAUUUAGGGAGAGAUCCGAAAGAAGUCAUUUAUGAAAUGAACGUUAAGGACUCACGGAAUAAAGCAAAACAUUGGGUAAUAGUUCAAAGGUUUGGAAUGCAUGGUGACAUGGACUAUUUUGAGGAAAUAAAAGAGUCAUUCAGAAGUGGCGACCUUGGACUUUUGCCAGCUGGAGGUGUAGCAAUCCAUUUGAAUGACACCGUAUUAUCAUAUAUUCGGUCAGAUGAUCUGAAAAAUGUGACUCAAUACCUUGAUACUUGUGAAAAACAAAAGAGAGAGCAGGAGGUCGCUGUGGCAUUUCAAGGAAGGGCAUUCUGUUUUCUACCAUUACCUGUUUCUACUGGUUUGCCAGUUCACAUAAAUGGACACUUCGCACUUGACCACGAAGCUAGAAGGGAUCUUUGGAAAGACGGAUAUAGAAUGAAAUGGAAUACUUGCGUACUCAACGGUGUUAUAAUUCCUGCAUGGAUAUCGGGUAUGUGCUAUAUUUCAGAUUUGAUAACACCUUUUCUUAAAAAUGCUAAGAACUGGCAUGCGUUAAACACGACUCUUCUUGAAUAUCAUAACAUCUUUCCUACCGGAGAAUGCACAUCGGACACUUGGACAAACGUUUCAAAGCAAUUCUACAUUCAUGUACAUGAUAUACACGCAGCACUGUUUCCAUGCGUACUGGAUAAUAAGUCAGACUUACAAAUAAGCACUCAAAGCACAUUUGUAAACGAGCGAUUUAGUGUACUUUGGGUUCCAAUAAAGGCACCAAACAAAGACGGAUACUAUGGAGUAUUUAACACUGUACUAGCAAGCAUGGUAUACAAAAGCAUGGUAUACAAAUAUAAUGACGUUCGUUUGAUAGUUAAACUUCUUAAAGCUUUUGGUCUGAAAUUAGUAGAAACCCCGGAUAAAGUGAGACUGGCAAUGUGUAAAGCUGGCAUUGACAAUAUACCAACUUCCUGUCCACCUUUCGUAAUUUCAUUUCUGAAAUCAUUUGACGACCAAGCAUUUCAAAGUUGUGAGAUUGGGCCUAUAGGUUGCAUUAUUUCUGAAACAAAAUUCAUCACACCACGAAACCUUUAUAUUUUUACGGACUUCAUAAUGCAAGACAAAGAAUUUUGUAAGAAAAUGAUAGGUUUGCCAAUUGAGUUGACAGCAGAUGGAGUUCUUCGAGUUUAUUCAGAAAACUCCCCAGUGUUUAUUUCUUCGUACAAACAACUACUUCCGGAUUGUGCACAUAUGUUUAUACAUGAGGAAUUAUUGAACUUAUUGCAAAGCUCACAGUAUUUAGAUUUACCAAUAUUCAAACGAUUUAAAUUUGAAGAUUUUGUACGAUUACUUCCAAGCAGCAUGGACGUAGAUAUUUAUGCUAGCGGAUUAUCUAUAGCAUUCAAAGAACAAAGUGAAAAUGAAACUAGUCCUUCAAUUUCUAUGGAGUGGAUCACUUUGUUUUAUAACUUCCUUGGUGAAUGUUCCAUCUCGUCAAAUAUUGAUGACAAGACGUUGCUACAAAAUGCCUCAGUCACUGAUUACCAAAAGCGGAGCAUCGAUUCAGAUUUACUCCAAGAAAAUAUUAAACUACUUGAUAGAUGGUCCUUUUUGCCUUGCAUAGGUACUGACAAUAAACAUAUGCUAAUACCAAUGAAGGAUAUUUGUAAUAUACUUCAUUUAUCAUAUAAUGACAAGAGAAAUACAACUGGCGGCUGCCUUGCAAAGUUUCGCAUUCCCACCUUAUAUCCAAAUGCAUUUUAUGAUUGUCAUGCGAAGGAAGAUAUUAAAAAAUCCAUGGAAAAUAUAGUAGCAUCUCUGAAACGGCCAUAUGAUUUACUUUGUUGCCUUUCACAUCAUAGAUCUGAGCUGGAAGCUUCCAGUAAUUUGACAAACGAGGAUGGAGUUGAAUUGCUGUCCUAUUUCGGUAGGGAACUCAGUGUACUUAUAAAAUGCUCUUCUGAACAUGAAGUUGUUACCUUACUUUGUAAGCUGCCAUUUUAUCUAACAAUGCAGGGUACAUUGAUUUCUCUAGCAACAACAAAAAAUGUCCUUGUACUGCCAAAAGGUAUGCCCUUUAGUGGAAUACAAGAGUGGGCAAAUGCUUGUAAUAUCAUUCUUUUGCAAGAAAAAGAACCCCUUUCUGCUUUGUAUGAUUUCCUUGGAUUAGAGAAGGCAGAUGAAGAUUUUGUAUAUGGCCAAAAGAUUUUACCACAGCUAACAGCGAUGCCAUCAGAAUAUUGGAUGAAACAUAUUGAAUACCUUAGAGAUAAACUUGGACAACAGUUCACUAUGACGCACAAUCAGUCUAAGAUAAUAAAAGAACUAAAAAGCAUUGCUUUUAUACGCGUUGACGGUAACAUGAGGAUGGCAAACCAGUUGUAUGAUCCAUCAAACGGAACCUUUGAAUAUUUGGUGAAUUCUAACGAAUGCCUUCCAAGAGAUAUGUCAUCUAUUGAAUGGACAGCCUUUUUGACGAAACUUGGCCUAAAAACGGAUGUCACAAAUGAAAUGAUGAUAAUAUUUGCGAAACAAGUUGAGUCACUAAGUUUAAAUGGCUAUUUAGACAGUACUCGCAAGAAAUCAGAAGUUUUGUUGGCUCGUUUUGUUGAAAGAAAUGGACAUGACUGGAAUGCAGCAACAUUAGCUCAGUUACGAACUGUUAAGUUUAUAUAUCCGUUUGUUGUAGAAGACACGUUAAUGAAGUGUAUCCGCAGUUCAGUGAUGUGA